UUUUUACUUGGUGUCUGCUGCACAUAAUAUCUCCUAGUAAAAGAGCGUAGCUCAAAGAUGGAAUGGGUCGAUAUUGAAAUUUUAGAGACAGUCGAGCCAUAAGUAGCACAGGCAUUUUUGUAAUCGGCUUAAUCGAGUCUCGAUGUGAUCGUCUCAAUUUCCUCCUCAACGAAGAGAAAGAAUUCUUUUACAAUCUGAUUGAGAAGUGUCGAAAAAAAAAAAAAACCAACAAGAAAUAGAAAUUAUUAAAUCUAAGUUUCUUUGUACCUUAAAAGUGUGUCCGCGGCCUUCGUGAAAGCUAUUCAACUUCUCUUUCAGAGGCCAUCUGCUGCCAACUACUUUCCUUUAUGCCAGUGAGGGCAAAAUGGCGUCUGGGCGGACGGCCUAACAGCGCCAUAAAUAUCAACUCUUUUUUACUUUUGACCAAAUUUUAAAAUAACAUAUCGUUACGUUUAAUCAGAAAUGUGAACAUAUUUUUUUUUUUUUUUUUUUGUAGAGUGCGCUUUGGGGUUUUGAAGUAGAUGUAGUUUAACCUGUUCGACAUUAUCAGCUUUCUGGUCCCUUUCUCAUUCUAAAGAUUUAGUCAAUGUACGUUGUAGCCUAUGCGCUUCGGACUGUCGUUAGGAUGAGUUCGAACCCACACUGCUGCCAUCCCAUGGUUCAUUUCUUAAGCAACGUCUGAAGCUUUGAGAACAAUCCACCUUAGAUAGCCAACCAAGUUUAAGCCGUCAUGAAUACGUCCAUCAGUCUGUAGAUUCUAGAUUAAUUCUCGGAUAUUAUUUUUUAAUUUUAUUAGAUCUAGAGGAAUGCUAUAGGCUAUUAUCUAUAUGUAACUAGGUCUAUGUCUUAUGCGUAUCUAAGCGUUGUUAAUCUAGUGUAGAAUAUUCGUUUUACACAAAUUUCAAACUAGUGUUUAGACACAUGCCAGUGGCAGCUUUUCUUAAAAAAAGAAAAAAUGUGCCAAAAAAAUGCUACAAAAAAAAAAAAUAAAAAAUGGCAACAACACUGAAAAAAAAAAAACACUAUUGACAACAAAAUGGCAGCACGCUUGUCAUCCUAAAAACUCGCCAAGGCAUUUUUGAAGUAUUUUUGAGUUUAUAAAGGUUUACUUUUCGGGGGUUCUCAAGUAUUAAACUAAAGAGGACGUUAAUGUAGUUACUAAGAUGUCCAAUGGGCAGAUGCUUGGAGCUACUGCCAGUGAAGUCCAUGAUGGCUUUUCAUUCACAGAUCCUUCUGGUGGUGACAGUGGACCAACAUCAGGAAACUUUACAUCAUUAUCUCUGUCUCUUGUGCCGGAAGAUGAUCCAAUACUUGUCAACCCAGAUCCUAAAUAUUUUUGCCCUGUACAUGGUGGAUUACUGCGGGAGGCAGUGCAGACAGAAUGUGGCCACAGGCUUUGUCAAGCAUGUGUUGGGCUUUAUUUAGGCUCGGAUAAAAAGAAACGAUGUCCAGCCAAUGAAGAAGAUUGUUCAGAUAUAACUAAAGAAAAUAUACUGCCUGAUCCAGGAUUUCGUAGAGAAAUCAAGCAGCUUGCUGUUUACUGUCCAUUUAAAGGAAAGGGCUGCAAAGUUACUGUCAAGUUUGGUUUGCUAAAUAAUCAUACUAAAGACUGUGAAUACAGAGAUGUUCGAUGUAUUUAUUCUGAUCGGGGCUGCAAUCAAAGCAUAUUGUUUAAAGAUGCAGACACUCAUAAUAAGAUGUGCCCUUGUCGACCAGUUUUUUGUGAGCUGUGCAACCAAGAAUUCAAUGCAUCAGAACAGAAGAAACAUGAAGACUCCAUUUGUCCUGCAGCUUUGAUUGACUGCCCUUUUCUUUGUGGAAUUGAAAACUUGAAGCGGAGUCAGCUUGCAGAUCAUGAAAUGGUAUGUCCAAAGCGGCCUUCAGAAUGCAAGUUCAAAAGUCUUGGAUGUCCAUUUAUGGGUGAUAGUGAAACAAUCAGAGCUCAUGAACAGAAUAUUGAAAGUCAUUUUGAAGUUGUCUGUGAGUUUGCUCUCAAGUCUGAAAUAAACAGAAUGAGAGAAAAAGAAUAUUAUGAGCAAAUGUUAGGAACAUUUAUUAGAAAUUCUGAACAAUUAAGCAAUACUGUCAAGAGCAAUCAUAGAGAUUUAAAAUUGAAAAUGGUUCAGCAAGUUGAAAGACUAAUCAUUCUGGAACAAAAAAAUCAGCAGUAUGAAACAACUAUUGCUGGAUUACGUCAAGAAAUGCAGAAUUUACAGCAGAGUAUUGAACAGCUAAAGGUACUCAUAACUCAAGUUUCAAAUGCAGAGAGACAGGUGGCCAGCCAUGAAAUACGCAUGGCUGAAAUGGAUCUUCGAUUCCAAAUGCUAGAAACAGCCAGCUAUGAUGGGAAACUUUUGUGGAAAAUUCGAGAUUUCAGCCAUAGGAAAAGGGAUGCUGUACAAGGGAGAACUGUAUCAUUGUAUAGUCAGCCUUUCUAUACCGGACGCUUUGGCUAUAAAAUGUGUGCCAGAGUGUACCUGAAUGGUGAUGGCAUCGGCCGUGGGACACACAUGUCAUUGUACUUUGUUGUCAUGAAAGGAGAGUAUGAUGCUUUGUUGUCAUGGCCUUUUCAGCAUCGGGUGAGCCUAAUAUUAAUGGAUCAGUCGCCAGAGAAGAGGCAUCUUAAAGAUGAAUUUUUCCCAGAUCCUAACAGCACUAGUUUCAGACGCCCCAUGGCUGCAGAAAUGAACGUAGCCAGCGGUUGCCCAUUGUUUGUCGCCCACACUGUUUUGGACAAUCCAUCUAACAAUUAUGUUAAAGAUGAUACACUUUUCAUUAAAAUAGCUGUAGAUGUUACAAAUUUAACACCAAUAUGAUGAAAUAGUAUUUCUAGCUAUGCUUACUGUGUAGGCCAAUAGUCAAUCCUAGACCUGGUAAAAGCAUGCAAAUAAAUCUCAUUUUGGAAGGUCAGGAUUUUUUCUCAAACCUGUAGGAAGUUCUUGAGUCGCCUUUGAUCUUGAAAUGGUUCUCUUCUAGCAGUGAGGGAUAAAUUGUGCUGACUACUAGAUCCAUGUCAUGUGUCACAGAAACAGUUAGCUCUGCUUCAUAUGUUCUUGAGCAUCAUAGUCCCUUUACAAACUUGAUGGCUAUACGUUGUUUUUUUUUUCAGUAUUUCAAAUUUAAUGGAGUGGGAUUGCAUUUUAUUUAGUUGCCACACUGUUCCUCAGACUCACUUCCUAUCCAAUUAUGUUGUCUAGUUUUAUUGAAGGGCUCAUCAUUAUGAUGUCAAAUGUUUUUUUUGUUUUACACCCAGUUUUACAUCCAGUAAAAGACAGAUUCUAUCAAAGAGAUAGAAUUAUUUCAUGGAUUUCUUUUUAAGUACUGAAAUUUUCAUGAUGAGAUUGAAGCCUUCUGUAAGAAAUAUCAGGGCUUUCUUCAUACAUCAGAUUGUUUCAGUAUUAUUCUAGCAACUUUGACUUUUUGUUAGCAGGAGCCUAGUUGUGGCUCAAGGAGCCAUGAUCCUGCAAAAUGGAUGUGAUUGAUGAUGAAAAGGGAGGGGGGGGGGGGCCUGGGUAAAAUCUUUCCAUUUGGUAAAGGGUUUCAAGGGCUUUACGCUCUACUCUUUUUGGGUACUCUUCAAAGUUAAGUGAGGUUAGGCUACAACUAGAUCUCAAGCAAGAUGAUAGUGCAAUGAACUUGUAAUAUUUGUUUGUGGGCCUAGAGAGCAAUCUCUUCUGUGUCAGUGAGGUCCUGAUUUGAGAUGUUACUGGGACUCUAUUGAUAGAGCAGGUGAGGUAGAGUUUACUGAUUUAUGUGGCUAUCAGUAGGAGCACAAUGUUCAACUGACUGUAUCCUUCCUUUACUGGUGUUAGGUAACCAUUUGAGUUGAAAGGUCAACAUGAUAUCCUUCAGACUUGAGAAAUAAAUCUUGACCUUCCAUAUUCAGGCUCUUCUGUCAAUUUUGUAUAAGUAACAAAAGCAUGCCUUACCCUUGAAUUAUCAAAUGUAAAGGUGUUUUAGUUUGAGAUAUUCAUUAAACAUUAUUAUAUAUACAUUGUCAUAUUACUCAGCAUGUUAAACAUUCUCAUGUAAUCAUCAAAGGGGAAUUUUUUAACUCUUCCAGACCAUAAUGUUUUUCUCAUUAUGCUAUAACUAUAAUUUUUUUCACACAAUUUUUAUAACAUAUGCCUAUUUAUAAAUGUCAGACUUUUUUUUUCUGUUUGUUAAAACAUAAGACUUGUUAUAAAAAAUUUUUUGGAAAUUGAAUUUACUACAAGAUCAUUUAUACUUCAGUGUUAUAAAUAGUCACUGGAAAAAUAAUUAGGUAAUAUCAGAGAUGAAAAAAAUCAUAUUUGAUUUCUUAUAAAAAUUGAUUAACCCAAGAAAAAAAGAAUAUCCCAACAGUCCUAAUUCAUUAUUAUUGUAUUAAAUAUUAAACUAUCCAAGUAUCUACAGAAAAAAAAAUAAAUGUCGAACUUGAUCAAUAUUUAUACCUGAAGUAAUCCUUUUUUAGCGCCUGGCUGGGGUGAUGCCCCAUUUCGUUUAUUAGAUCUAGGUGUAUCUAAAUGUAGAUCUAUUUCACUAUCAGACUCACAUGAACCUGAAGGCUGAAUAUAGCUUUUAGAGCUUCCAGGACAGUUUUCUAAGUCACUCAUGUCACUAGUAUUCAUAUCUAAAAAUAUCUUUAGAGCUUGAUCAUUAGUAAAACGGCUAGCACACCUAGAGCCAGACAAAGAACAAGAAAGGCUUGUCAGCCAUAAUGCAAACAAAUGAAAAAGUCAUUAGUCACUUAGGCUAAAAAAUAUGAAGAAUAAUAAAAACUGCUUAGAUCCACAAUGUUUCAGAAGGAAAAAAACUUUAAAAAUGACUCCUCUAGCAUUCCCAAAAGCCAUUCAAGUGAUUAAAAAUGUGGAUUAGAAAAGAAAAAGGAGUAAACAGGAAAGAGGUUAUCGGACGCUGGUAGCAUCAUUUCGGCAUCAUAGCUUGAGGGAUUGGAUGCUGACAGUGUCGUUGCGGUUUUGAAGAGUUAAAGUACUAUUGUAAAUGUUUGUCACAGUCUUGGUCCAUUGUUUAGAUUCUUAUGUACAUGUAAAACAUUUUACAGACUAUACCCCAGUGAAUAGCUAAAAGCAGAUAAAUAUUUGAGAAAUAAUCAAGUUUUUAUCUAAAAAAAAACAAACUCCUCAUUUUUUAAAAGUGUCAGAUAUACGGCUAGAUUACUUUGGUCUUCACCUAUCCCUUACUCUGUUAGACUGAAUAGAGUUAAACUCUUUGACUUUGUUUUUUUCUCAAUCAUUUACAUUGAGAUUUACAGCCUAACGGCGUGCUUUCAAUUUAAAAAUAGAUUUGCAAAAUGCUUAGAAUAUAUAAAGAAAAAAUAAUGUAAGACCCCAAAUAAUUUGUUCGCUUUGAGAAGAUAGUUUAAGUAUUGACAUAUUGGUAAAGGUUUUUAAAAAAAAUAUUACCUUAAUAAAAUAGAAUACUUUUCUCGAGUACCAUGUAUCUAAACAAAUCAGAAUAUUGUUUAUGCCUAAAUGUGUUUCUUAGAGUAAAACAGAAACAUUGUCUAAAUGUGUGUGUGACUCACUGAACAGAAAAUUAAGAAUUAUGGCAUUAUAACAUUAGGACUUCAAGAUAAAAGUCUAUUUCAAGUUUUCAUGGUGGAAAAACAAAUUCAGCAGGAUUAAGAUAGUCUUGGUAAAUGUGAAAUACUUUGAAAAGAAAAAAUAUUUUAGAUGAAAAGUAUGUAGUCUCCAUCCAUUCUCUUCUCUUCUUAGUGCGUGUGUCCACUCCUUGUACAUGUCGAUUGCUUAUGAGAAUCUUCUUUUAAAAAUUUUUCUUUUUUCUCUCUUGAUGUUGUGUCACUGUGGGAAUAAAAUGUACAGAUUUUGUUAUUAUGAUGUGUAAUGUUUGAUUUCUUUAAUGCAAUCUAAUCUAAUUACUCGCUUAUGUAAAAAAGAAUAGAAACCUUCAUUAUUAUUAGAGACCUUAGGCGGUAGUGUAAAUAAGUUACAAUGAGAUAGAAACAACAGUUAUUCUUCACUCCAUCAUUUGAAGACUUUGGCAUGAUUGUCUAAAUGGGUUGGCUCAUUGGGAUUGUCAUUUUUCCACGCUUCUCAUCUUUUCCCCCAAAUGUUUAAUGUACCAGUUUCAUGCUUCAUACUUAGAUAAUGCAUCAACAAAUAUUACAUCAUGUAAUCAGUCAGUUAGAUCAUGUUUCAAAGUCUUGAACAGUAAACUGGAUUGAAUUUCAAAGUCAAUAGUGUAACAUGUAAAAAUCAACAUUCAAGUUUCUUUAUGUACUCAAAAACUUAAGAAGUGACCCCUAAGUUCAAGAUAUUGUAGUUUGGUGAUUGGCAGAGGGGAUCUUGCUUAAAAUGUAUAUUUAAAAAUAUUGUAUAUUGCGAUUGUCACAAAAAUGUAAUUUAUGUUCUGUUUGUUUUCAUUUACUUGAUUGAUUUCAAUGAGUAUAGAUGUGUAUUUUAUUUUUGUUCAAAAAGGAAAAAAAUACAUGGUAUGUGUUAAAAUAAACAUUAUUAUGAAAGAUU